AUACUUUAAACCAUUUUUCAUGUCAUUCAAUUAGGCAGCGCUUGGAACAAUAACAUUCAAUAAUUUUGGCAAUCCUGCUCAUGGUUAUUUGUGCUGAAAUGUUUUGGUUAAUGUUUAAGGAAGAAAUGGUUCAAAUUUUUCUGAAAUUAAUUAAAGACUGAAAGAAAAAGUGAAUAACUUGCAGGAAAAAUGGCCAUGAGACGACCCAGAAUUAAGGCUGUCGCUAAUAUUCAGUUAAAUACGAAGCGAAAGUCAAAACCUACAUUUGAUUCUGUGCCUGCGAAAAGUGGAAGAAUACAGGAAUCGAAAAUUAAUGAAAAACCUACUAACAUUAUUAGAAAAGAGGACGAAGACACAAAAAUUUCAAAUUGUAAAGAAAAUGUAGAAGCGCUAGUUGAAAAUGUGGUAACUGACGAAAAUUCAAAGGAAACUCCAAACUCUGAAGAACCUAUUGAGGCAACGGCAGCAAAUUCUAAAUUAAAUAUACAAAAAACGUCAAGUUCUUCAAAGAUUGUUACGGAAACAAAAUGGGAUGAUGGCCUUAAUGAGGCUUUAGAAACAAAAGUGAAAAAUGGUGCAGCUGCGGAGGAUAGCACAAAGGCAAAAAAAAAUUUGGGACAAAAUUCUAACUUUGAACAACUAAAUGUCUUCACAAUUACACCAAGUGUAGAAGGAGAGUUAAGUGUUUCAAAAACGGAAGCAAAUCGUCUUGGAAAAUUUGAUGAAAUUGUUCCAAAAGAAGGAGAAGUAAACAACACGUCAAUAUGUUUACAAUCGUCAAAAAAAGAUGAAAUUCAUCGAAGUUUAAUUGUAGAUAAAAAUACUUUCCAUGCCGAUAGCACGAAAACAGUUUUUCCCACGAAUAGCAACGAAUCAAACUUUACGAAGGUGAGUGCGCCUAUAGACGAUAGGGAUGCUUUCAAAUGUCCAGCAAAAGUUGAGUAUUCACGUUCAGUUAGCCAUUCCUCAGCUGGAGGUGCAGACGAUGUAUUCUACAGCGAUUUGGAGGAGAAUGUAUUGCAAAUGGAUUUGCAGAGAUCUGCAAAUGGCUUUCCAAUGUCCCCUUCAAAAAUUCAAAGCAGACAGCGUAUACGUCCUACGCCGAUUUUUGGGCAAAGACGCAAUAGCUUUGUAGGUUCUUCCCCAUCGUCCCAUAGUUCGGUCCAGGAAGAACCGUUGACAUGUACAGAUUUUCAAAGGAAGGAACGUUAUCAUUCAGCUUCAGUGAAUAAUACAGCUAACAGUUCUACUAGCCAGCAGAACCUUCAUUACACUUCGUAUAACAAAAAUGCAAGUAGUGGGCGUGUCCGAACGGAAUCAUCUUGUUCCAAUUUUUCUGAAAUCAAUUACACUAUGCAUAAAUCACGGAGGAAUGAUGACCUUGUGCACCGUCAACAUUUACGUAGAGAAUUUGAAGCACGUUUUAUAAAUGGAGUCCCAGAUAAGUCGGCGUUAAAAAUGUUUGAUUUAAUUUAUUACAAUCCAAUCACAAAUCCUAUGGAACAAAAAGCGAAUGAAAAUGUUAAAGUAGAGGCAAACAGUAAUGACAUUAAACCGUUCGAAGCAAAACAGGAAAAAGCAACCGUUGAUGAUAAACUCGAUACAAGUGCAUCUAUGCCAGUUCCGCAAUUAAAACUUAAUGCCAACGGAGAAUUAAUUUUAGAUGAUGAAUCAUUGGUAGUAGAAACAACUGCCGAACGGAAGGCACGCAAAGUUUGGGAAAACUCGGAGCUCAUUUAUUUGGAUGAAAAUACUGGCAUGAAUGGUUUUUAUAAAAGACAAAAACGUACCCGCGAAUGGGAAUGGAGCGAAACAAUUAAAUUCUAUCGGUGUUUACAAACAGUAGGCACAGAUUUUUCGCUCAUGGUAUCUUUGUUUCCCAAUCGCACCCGACGAGAUCUUAAAUUAAAAUUUAAAAAGGAAGAACGAAUCAAUGGCGCUCUGAUCAACAAAGCUCUGUUGCAUCCCAAGCAAUUCAAUAUCGAAGAGUUAAGACAGCAAGUGGAAGCCGAAGAAGAGGAGCGGAAAAAAUUACAAAGCAUGAGUAAAGCUUACAUAGAGAAGAAAAUUAAAGAGCCCAAGAAGAAAAAAUGCGCCCAACAAAGCGCUGCCAAUCGUUUACUAUGUGGUUACGAUGUUUAUGAAAACGAAAAUCAAAAAAUUAAACGAAGAAAGAAUGAUAAAAUCAAACUUAUUGACGGAGAUAAAGAUAAAGUUAUUGAAGACAGUGGUAAAGAACAAGAUGAUGCCAGCACCGUAUUGAACGAAGAGUGCAAACGAAAAAUUGCAAAAACAGGUGCAGAGAAGCGCAGACGUAGACGACCGACACCCAUUAACAACGAUAUCAGCCAUUUGAAGACCCAACAAAUCAUUAAAAAUGAGGAAUCGUCGAAAUAUGAAGGCAAGCAGGAGUCUCUAAAUAUAAGUUGCAAUGCUCAAGAAGAAGAUGUGAAACAAUUGGAAACAGAAUUAAAUAAUUUAUUACAAACUGAGUCGUACGAAUUAACAUGCGCAACAGAUGCUGUUACCGCCCCUGAAUCUGCGCAACCAGUAAAAGCUUCUCUUAUAAGUUCCGUUGAAGAUUUUCAAACAACGGGUUCAACAAGUGUUAAUGACUGCCACGAGUUCACUUUAACUAACAUGGAUGACGGCACAAUUACUCAUGUUAUGGACUUAAAGAACGAUUGUGAUGAGAGAAUUUCACUAAGCGAUGAAAUACAAGAACCGGAUAAUGACUUAGUACAGCAGAAUAUACAAAAAAUUUUAACAGAAUUGGCCGAAGGUACUUUAGUUCUAGUGUCUACGUUAGAUCCAGAUAAUCCUGAUAAUGUACUCAAUGAAAUAUAUAUGAUGGACAAAGACACGGGAGAUCUAUGUGAUGAACCCUUGAAUAUACCCGAUGAUAUUGUGCAGCGUAUGUUUGCGUGUAAAAUUAACUAAACAAAAGUAAAUAAGAUUAGAUGAUUAUAAUUUUUUUU